AUGUCAAGACCAUGGGCAGAAGGUACAACCGGUGCAUUCAAGAGACAAGUCUCUUCCUUCAGAGAAGUGGUUUCCCCCACUCAUCCAAUCUACAAGCCUGCCAAGAAUAGAUAUUGGCUUUACGUAUCCCUUGCAUGUCCAUGGGCCCAUAGGACUAUGAUUACUAGAGCGUUGAAGGGUCUCUCCUCUGUCAUUGGGCUCACUGUGGUCCACUGGCAUUUGGACGACAAGGGAUGGAGAAUGCUACCAGCUCCAGCGGAAAUUACUGAUGAUGACAAGAAGAAUUUCCAUACGUUUCAUGGUGGUAUUAAACCCACUGAGGAAGACGUAUCCCACCCUGUGGGAGAUGUGAAAAAUGACUCUGCAAGAUUAUGGAUCGAUAGUACUUUUGAUCCUAAUAAUGGAUUUGAAAGAUUGAGCGAAUUGUAUCAUAAGAGUCAACCUGAUUAUUCUGCAAGAUACACCGUUCCUGUUCUAUGGGAUACGGAAACUAAGACUAUUGUCAAUAAUGAAAGUGCAGAUAUUAUUAGAAUUUUGAACAGUGGUGUCUUUGAUGAAGUGGCUGGCGAUGAAGCUACUCAUUUGGAUUUAGUCCCCAAAGAAUUGGAAGCACAAAUUGAUGAGUUUAACUCUUGGGUUUACGACAACAUUAACAAUGGUGUGUACAAGGCAGGAUUUUCUGAGAGCGCUGCUGUUUAUGAAAAGGAAGUGACCAACAUCUUCAACCAUUUGGACAAAGUGGAAAAGAUUCUUGAAGAGAAAUACGACGUUUUGGCAGGAAAACAUGGUAAAGAUAAUAAAGAUAAAAUUUUGAAAGAAUAUUUUACCAUUGGUCACCAACUAACAGAAGCUGAUGUGAGAUUAUAUACCACCAUUGUCAGAUUUGAUCCCGUGUAUUUACAACACUUCAAAUGUAACUUCACCUCAAUUAGAGGCGGCUACCCAUUCAUCCAUUUAUGGUUACAAAACUUGUAUUGGAACUAUAAGGAAUUCAGAUUCACUACCAACUUUGAUCAUUGUAAGUUACACUACACCCGUUCUCACACAAGAAUUAAUCCAUUGGGAAUUACACCCUUUGGGCCUAAACCAGCUAUCAUACCAUUAUGA